AUUUUGUCAUAAAUUUGCAGUGAAUAUAAGGACGCUUAUUAUUUAAAUUGCCUGGACAAGGCAUUGACUGUGUUCGGUAGAAAAAGCAGCUCACUAAGCUGCGCUGCCGAUUGCUGUGAAAUUUUAUGCUAAAUAGGUUUGUUUUCUUGCCGAAUUAACUGCACCAUCUUGUACUCUUCGCACAGUUCUCUCUCUCUCUCUCUCUUUUUCAAUCAAUUCGAUCAUAUAUUUGUCUCUUUGCAAGUUCCGAAAAUACAUACUAAUGUAGCGAUAGAAAACAAAUCUGACAUUUGUCGUUUCCGCUUUUUCAACGCGUUUACUAAAUAGCGGCUAGUUCUUCAGAAUCUUCCUAUACUUCACCAUUCAAUGAACGUCGUUGAAAAAACGUGGAACGUCAAAUAACGUUCAACAGAAAUCAGCAGCGCAGCGCAGCGCAAAGCGAACUGCUUCUUCCGCCAACGCAAUCCCGUUCAGACUGGGCGACGCCGACUUGAUUGCUUUAUUUCGCCUCCCCGCGACAGCGCGCAAACGCCAAGACUAUAUAUAUAAGUGCAUCGAAGAAACCCAAAUUAAAUAUACAUACGCGAGUGCAAUUCCCGCAACUCGCUCGCGAAUAAAAAUGCAAGACACAUCGUCCGACGUGAAACAAAAAGUUUCCCACGCGCUGCCUCGAAGAUCGAGAUUCGUCGGUGCUACAGAUGCAAGACGGUUGCUAACCGGUGAUAUAAUAAGCAAAUUAGCAAUUGAGCAUCAUGUGUGGCACGCGCGAACCCCGCGAAUUUGGCGAAGCGGCGAGCAGCGCCGCGGAUUUGUCGACGGACAACGCGGAUGUGAACGCACACAACAUGGUUUGCACGCGACGUUUGCUGGAUCUGCCCUUGUUCGCUGCGGUGACAUCGACCCUCCGUAACGCUUACGCUGUCACGAAGGGCUCACACGAAGCGGUCGCGACGAUACUCGGCUACGCUGAGGACGGUGUGUGCGCCGGUCUGCAGUUCGCUAGUCCUGUCACCGAGCGCUUCGCCGACGCUUUGAAGACGCCGCUCAAAGCCGUGGACGACGUCGUUUGCAUCGGCCUGGACUACGUGGAGGAGAAAGUGCCCUCCGUCAAACUGCCGCCCGAUCAAAUCUACACGAACGUGAGGGAUUGCGUGAGGAGCAUUUUCACGUCAGCAUUGGAGACCUUCAGGCUUCUGUUUGGCGGACCGAAAAACCAAAUAGAGGGCUCACCGGCUCCGAGUGAGAACGCACAAGAGCAGACCCGGAGGGUACCCAGCUGAAUAGCGCGAGUGUGUGUGUGUGUGUGAGGAAUAAUUUAUACCUACUUUAGGAAUUUUUGUUUGCGAAAUACAUAUAUACAUACAUAUAUAUAUAUAUAUAUCUAUUAUAUAUGUAUAUAUAUAUAUAUAUUAUAUAUAUAUAUAUAUGAUUAUAUAUAUAUAUAUAUUGCGAGAAUUUCCACGUUUCGACAACAGAUUCCGCGCGACCGUCACUGGAUAGAGAGAACUGGUGUCGACACUUUUAGACAGAGUAUCGCGUUACAAAAGAAUAUAUACGACCGCGGUGGUGCAGUGUCUCCGCGACUAAUGGCAAACGAAUUGUCGCACAUAGAUGUAAAGAUACUCUCACUUUCGUCGCGAAAUUAAAGAUAAACGAACAAGUCGUCUGUCUGGCGUUUGCUUGACGACGUGGUGGUGCGCACCUUUGUACGAUGAUUGUUUUGCGUUGUUUCUGCAAAUAAAUCCUGCGUUUGUGUUUCCGA